UUCUCUCUGUGUCCCUGAGCCUCCCGCCCAGCCCAGGGAAUUGGGUUCCACUGACUCAUAAAUUAAAGACAGAGCUGAGAGACCAUCCACACCAUCACAGUGUUCUCACUAGACUCCCUGGUAGCGCCAGAACUGUCUGUAAACAAGCAGACCGACCAGCUGAAGAAGCUGAUCCAUAUCAGCUUCAUAUCCUAGCAGGUAGCUUUUCCAGCACCAGAGACUGCUCUGAAACGGUCCACUACAUCCCAGGGAUGAGCUCCUGUCUCUGGGAUGAGGCAGCGUGGAGCACCGCGUGAUGGUGAAUGACUAGAACCACGGCACACUGCUGGCACCAGGCCAUGGAACUGUCUAGACGGCUGCACUGGAUCCGCAACCGGCCCUGGAGGGCCCGGGCCCGCCGCAGGGAGUUCAGCAGAGUGUCAUCCCGCGUCCCAGAGAUCAUGGCGGCCGGAACACACUCCCCUGGGGGACCCAAUGGGAUCAUCCGGAGCCAAUCCUUCGCCGGCUUCAGCACAUUGCAGGAGAGACGCUCGCGGUGUAACUCAUUCAUGGGGAACUCCGCAGUGCAGAAGAAACCCACGUCCAAGCCCAAGAAGCCCCAUCUGUCAGGGCACAAGGCCAGCAGCGGCUCCAGAGAGCCCCAGCCCGAGAGGGUGGAGGAGGUGUAUGGGGCCCUUAAACAAGGCUUGGAUGAGUAUCUGGAGGUGCACCAGACAGGGCUGGACAAACUCACCUCUCUGAUGAAGGACAUGAAGAGGAACUCCAGACUGGGAGUCCUGUAUGACCUUGACAAGCAAAUCAAAACCAUCGAGAGGUACAUGAGGCGGUUGGAGUUUCACAUGAGCAAGGUGGAUGAGCUGUAUGAGGCAUUCUGUAUCCAGCGCAGGCUGAGGGAGGGAGCCAGUAAGAUGAAGCAGGCCUUCUCUGCAUCUCCCUCCACCAAGGCCACCAGAGAGAGCAUGUCAGAGGUCAACCGCAGAUACAAGGAGUACACAGAGAAUAUGAGCACGUUAGAGGGGGAGCUGGAGAACAUGCUGGGGGAGUUCCAUAUCAAAAUGAAAGGUCUUGCUGGUUUUGCUCGUCUCUGUCCAGGAGACCAGUAUGAGAUCUUCAUGCGGUAUGGGCGUCAGCGCUGGAAGCUGAAGGGGAAGAUAGAGGUAAACUCCAGACAGAGUUGGGACGGAGAGGAGAUGGUCUUCACGCCCCUCAUCACAGACCUCAUCAACAUCAAGGUGACGGAGCUGAAGGGCCUGGCCACUCACAUCCUGGUGGGCAGUGUGAUCUGUGAGACCAAGGAUCUGUUCACGGCCAUGCCUCAGGUGGUGGCUGUAGACGUUAAUGACCUGGGAACCAUCAAACUCAACCUGGAGGUCACAUGGUUUCCAUUCGAUGUGGAAGACCUGACCCUGUCUUCAGGGAACGUGAGCAAGGCCACCGCCCUGCAGAGACGAGUGUCUAUCUACAGCCAGGGCACGCCAGAGACACCCACCUUCCAGGACCAGUCCUUCUUUAAGUGGCACCCCUCCCCAACCCAGCAUCGCCUGUCCCCGACCCUGCAUCGCCUGUCCCCGACCCUGCAUCGCCUGUCCCCGACCCAGCAUCGCCUGUCCCCGACCCAGCAUCGCCUGUCCCCGACCCAGCAUCGCCUGUCCCCGACCCAGCAUCGCCUGUCCUUCCUCCACGGUCUGAGGAACUCCCUGUUAGAGAAGCUGAGACGCAGUCGCUCCUUUGGCGACCUGGUCUCCCUCCAACCCAGGCCCAAGUCCAGCCUGGAGGGUUAUGUGACUGAGUCCACCCUCCCUGAUGACGUCUUUGAGAACAGUGGGUGUGGUAACACCGAGUGCAAGCGCCUCUCCUUCACCUUCUCCGAUACUUCAGUCUCCUCCCCCAGCCUCGCCCCCGGCCAGUCCAACCCCGAAAUCACCGUCACGCCCCCUGAAACCUGCCCCCAGCCCCAAAUCCCCAACGUUGAAGUCACCGUUCGAAUACAUGCAGACGUAGUGGAAGAGGCAGAGGAAGGUGAGGAGGAAGAGGAGAGUAGCAGCGGCAGCGUGAGUACCAGCCUGGUCAGCGAGGAGGCGGAGUCAGAGUGGGAGAGGGCGGAGUCCCAGUGUAACGGAGGAUCCGUCUCUCUCUGCUCGGAGAGGCAGCUGUCUGCGGCCGCUCCUGGGGGUGUGUGUCCGGACCUCGCUCGGCCGGACAGGGAUGGUGAUGAAGAUGACAGCUCGGAGCUACUGAAGCCCGUAGAACUUGACACUGAAGAACCAGGCAGCUUGACCAGGCAACUGGUGAGGAGACUGACAUCGUCUGACAUUCUGCCCGAGGCGGGGGUUCUGAGCUGGGCUGGGGAGGGGAGCCGGGCCUUCCUGGAGAGCAACCUGGAAGAAACCCUGCAGAGUCUGCUACUGAGGCUAGAGUCACUGGGACAACGCUGUAGAGAGCUACAGGACCUGGAACAGGAAGUGAUGCACCUGGAGGACCUACUCAAGUGCCGCCUCCCGGGCCACAGGAGCAGGUCGUCCAGCCUCACUCUGAUGGUUGAGAGCGCCCUGGAGAGCUUCGACUUCCUCAACACCUCCGACUUUGACGACGAUGACACGGGUGAUGACCACUCCCUCCAGCGCUCCGUGUUCUUUGACAUGGAGGCGGACAGUAUCGGACCUGGGGGCCCGCACCCAGAGGUCAGGUGUCACCUGAGUGAAGCCCUGACGGAGGACACCGGGGUGGGCAACAGUGUGGCCGGCAGCCCCCUGCCUCUCACUACCGGCAACGAGAACCUGGACGUGGCCAUCGUAAUUCACCUGCAGUACUGCGACCAUCUCAUCCAGCUCCUGUCCAGUGGGGGGAGCCCUUGGCAGCGUCGAGCCCAGCUCCAGAAGCUCUCAGCUCAGACUCAGCUGCUAGAGGAACUGGGAGAGAUCAGCACAGAACGCCUGGGGAGCAUCACCUCUGCUGCUGACGUGCUCCCAGGGCUGUCGGAGCGGCCUGCUCGGAUGGCUCUGUGGUCGGAGUGUAGUGGUUCUGGUGCACUGUUCCACGCUACGCUGGACCGGGUGCUCAAACACAUGCACCACUGCUACACUCGCCCACUGCAGGAGAGACACCCACACACCGCAGCUGACACAGUGAUCCGGCUGGUGGUGAGUGAGAUGGUGGACAGGAGUGAUCUGGCCUCCUCCCCUACCUGCCACCCCCCUUCGGCCCGGUCCCAGGACGUGGUCCCUCCUUCGGCCCGGUCCCAGGACGUGGUCCCCCCUUCGGCCCGGUCCCAGGACGUGGUCCCCCCUUCGGCCCGGUCCCAGGACAUGGUCACAGUGUUUCAGUUCCACAGCUACAUCUCAGAGCACAGCGUGGAGGACAUGGAGGAACACCUAUUGCAGGUGGCCAGAGAAGCUGUGUUUGCGGAGGGCCUGAGCGGUGGCGACUCGGAGCGUUGUCUAAAGGAAUUAGAAGAGGUGUCACACACCGGCCUGUGUCCCCGGCAGCAGACCCUCAGGGCGCUGGCUUCCCUCCUCUCCCACCAAGACCCCCAGCUCAGCGAGGCUGCAGCUGCCUACAUCACCUCUGCUUCCUCACACACACCCUUCAGGUCAAAGGCGGUGGAUUGCUACACACAGGCCUUGUGGGAGGAUGGAGUUCAAACCCAAAGGUCUGCCUGUGCUGCUCUUAGCUGUCUACAGGCAGUAGAGAGCCUCCGGGCGGUGGUGUCACUGUGCAACUCGGCAGAUGAGGAGCUUCGCCAUGUUGCCAUAGAAACCCUGCUCACUUUCGGUGAAGAGGGCCGCCUGGCGUAUGAGCAGCUGGACACGAUGCCCCGAGAGAUGGUACGACUGGGGACGCGGCGAGGGAACGCCGUCACCACCGCCUUCUGAAAGCACAGGACUAACUAAAUGAACCUAGGAGCCUCACAUCCACAGGAGGGGGACGACCCCCUUGAACAACCCCC